UCCCAUUUGCGUGUCGAAGCCGGUGCUGGGCGACGUUGCGUGUUUUUCAGUGAAGAAAUAGGAAAAAGUUGACUUUUGUCACAAGCUUCAAGAACCACGAAGCUCAUGCUGCCUUGUUUACAUGAUGGACGGCUUCGUCAUAUCGUCUGCUUCAGAGGAAAUUAUUCCAGGCGAGCCAGAGACUUAUCGCCCUCCGGUAGAGCUGUACCCCUACCUCAAUACUAUGGGGGAGAUUUAUGAAGACCAUAGAUGGACCUUCCACUCUGAGCGAGUCCAGCCAUCAGAGUUUGAGAAUUCCCCCGUGAAUCAUCUCACAGAGCUGCAGGCCGUGUCUCCUCAGCAGCUGAUACAGCCCUACAGAUACGAGUCUCUGCCCCUUCACCUGGACCCUCCGCUCGCCCCUCUCUCGGUGUCACCGCAAAUGCCAUAUUUCAGCUACCCGUAUCAGCCGUCAUCCUCGCCUGGAAAUUGCUAUUCAGAGGAGGACAGAAGAGGAAUCAUUCCCCUCCUCGAGGUAUCAGAGGGGGAGGAAGAAUUUGAGGACCACAACCACUCUUCCUUCAGGAAAGACACUAGCAACAAGAGAAAAAUCCGCCUGUACCAGUUUCUCCUGGACUUGCUACGAAAUGGUGACAUGAGUGACAGUAUCUGGUGGGUGGAUCAGGACAAGGGCAUCUUCCAGUUCUCCACAAAACACAAAGAAGCUCUGGCAAGCCACUGGGGUGUCCAGAAAGGAAACCGCAAAAAAAUGACCUACCAAAAAAUGGCUCGAGCUUUGAGGAACUAUGGUAAAACUGGAGAGAUUAAAAAAGUAAAGAAGAAGCUAACCUACCAGUUCAGUGAGGAAGUGCUGAGAAACCACUAUUUAUGUCCGUAUCCUCGCUGAUGAGAGAACAGAGGCUGUCUUUAUCAUGCUGAAAUCACGAAACUAACCCAAAUUCUGUUUUGCCUGUAUAUUUGUAAUUUCACUGUUUUACUUCCGAGUUUCGAUACGUAUUUAUUUGUAAUGCCAGUGUGUUUCUUCCUGCAAAAUUCUAUAUAAACUGCUUAUUUCAGACUCAGA